UGAUAAAGGAAGAGAAAUUCGAGAAGAAGGGAGGAGGCAGGGUGGAGGCUCCAACCCAUUCCAGCACCUUGAGAAGAGUGCAGUCCUCCAGGAGGCACGUGUGUUUAACGAAACUCCCAUCAACCCUCGGAAAUGUGCUCACAUCCUCACCAAGAUCCUUUACCUCAUAAACCAGGGGGAGCACCUGGGGACCACUGAAGCAACCGAGGCCUUCUUUGCCAUGACCAAACUCUUUCAGUCGAACGACCCCACCCUCCGUCGGAUGUGCUACUUGACCAUCAAGGAGAUGUCCUGCAUCGCAGAAGAUGUCAUCAUCGUCACCAGCAGCCUGACGAAGGACAUGACCGGGAAGGAAGACAACUACCGGGGCCCGGCCGUGCGCGCCCUCUGCCAGAUCACUGACAGCACCAUGCUGCAGGCCAUUGAGCGCUACAUGAAGCAGGCCAUCGUGGACAAGGUGCCCAGCGUCUCCAGCUCUGCCCUGGUGUCUUCCCUGCACCUGCUGAAGUGCAGCUUUGACGUGGUCAAGCGCUGGGUGAAUGAGGCCCAGGAGGCGGCAUCCAGCGACAACAUCAUGGUCCAGUACCACGCGCUGGGGCUCCUGUACCACGUGCGGAAGAACGACCGCCUGGCCGUCAGCAAGAUGAUCAGCAAGUUCACGCGGCAUGGCCUCAAGUCCCCCUUCGCCUACUGCAUGAUGAUCCGCGUGGCCAGCCGGCAGCUGGAGGAGGAGGAUGGCAGCCGUGACAGCCCGCUCUUUGACUUCAUCGAGAGCUGCCUGCGCAACAAGCACGAGAUGGUGGUGUACGAAGCCGCCUCGGCCAUCGUCAACCUGCCAGGCUGCAGCGCCAAGGAGCUGGCCCCGGCCGUGUCAGUGCUCCAGCUGUUCUGCAGCUCUCCCAAGGCCGCGCUCCGUUACGCCGCUGUCCGCACCCUCAACAAGGUUGCCAUGAAGCAUCCGUCAGCGGUGACAGCCUGUAACCUGGACCUGGAGAACCUGGUUACGGACUCGAACCGCAGCAUCGCCACGCUGGCCAUCACCACGCUCCUCAAGACGGGCAGCGAGGGCAGCAUCGACCGCCUCAUGAAGCAGAUCUCCUCCUUCAUGUCCGAGAUCUCGGAUGAGUUCAAGGUGGUGGUCGUCCAGGCCAUCAGUGCUCUGUGUCAGAAGUACCCUCGCAAACACGCCGUCCUGAUGAACUUCCUGUUCUCCAUGCUGCGUGAAGAGGGCGGCUUCGAGUACAAGCGGGCCAUCGUGGACUGCAUCAUCAGCAUCAUUGAGGAGAACUCGGAGAGCAAGGAGACCGGGCUGUCGCACCUGUGCGAGUUCAUCGAGGACUGCGAGUUCACGGUGCUGGCCACGCGCAUCUUGCACCUCCUGGGCCAGGAGGGGCCCAAGACCAACAACCCGUCCAAGUACAUCCGCUUCAUCUACAACCGGGUGGUCUUGGAGCACGAGGAGGUCCGGGCAGGCGCUGUGAGUGCUCUGGCCAAGUUCGGGGCGCAGAAUGAGGAGAUGUUACCCAGUAUCCUGGUGCUGCUGAAGCGGUGCGUGAUGGACGAUGACAAUGAGGUGAGGGACCGAGCCACCUUCUAUCUCAACGUCCUGGAGCAGAAGCAGAAGGCCCUUAACGCAGGCUACAUCCUGAACGGUCUGACCGUGUCCAUCCCUGGUCUGGAGAGGGCGCUGCAGCAGUACACUCUGGAACCAUCAGAAAAGCCUUUCGACCUUAAGUCUGUGCCCCUGGCCACCGCGCCCACUGCAGAGCCAAGAGCAGAAAGCACCCCCAUCACCGCAGCCAAGCAGCCUGAGAAGGUGGCAGCCACCCGGCAGGAGAUCUUCCAGGAGCAAUUGGCGGCAGUGCCUGAGUUCCAGGGGCUGGGGCCCCUCUUCAAGUCCUCGCCUGAGCCCGUGGCCCUCACUGAGUCAGAGACCGAGUAUGUCGUCCGCUGCACCAAACACACCUUCACUGAGCACAUGGUGUUCCAGUUUGACUGCACGAACACACUCAACGACCAGACCCUGGAGAACGUCACGGUGCAGAUGGAACCCACUGAGGCCUGCGAGGUGCUGUGCUACGUGCCCGCCCGGAGCCUACCCUACAACCAGCCCGGGACCUGCUACACGCUGGUGGCCCUGCCCAAGGAGGACCCCACCGCCGUGGCCUGCACGUUCAGCUGCAUGAUGAAGUUCACUGUCAAGGACUGCGACCCCACCACUGGGGAGACCGACGAGGAAGGCUAUGAGGACGAGUAUGUGCUGGAAGAUCUGGAAGUCACGAUAGCUGAUCACAUCCAAAAGGUCAUGAAGGUGAACUUUGAAGCUGCCUGGGAUGAGGUGGGGGACGAGUUCGAGAAGGAGGAAACAUUCACCUUGUCCACCAUCAAGACACUUGAAGAGGCUGUGGGCAAUAUUGUGAAGUUCUUAGGAAUGCACCCUUGUGAGAGGUCAGACAAAGUGCCGGAUAACAAGAACACCCACACGCUGCUCCUGGCUGGCGUGUUCCGGGGUGGUCAUGACAUCCUGGUGCGCUCCCGGUUGCUGCUUUUGGACACGGUGACAAUGCAGGUGACAGCCAGAAGUUCAGAGGAGCUGCCAGUAGACAUCGUCUUGGCAUCUGUGGGCUAAGAGGACGGCCUGCACAGGCUCUGCUCCUGUCCUUCCCCCAACACUACGCAGGAGUCGCUCCUGAACCCGGUGGAAACUCCUUUCCAAGCCUCUGUAUUCAAAAGCAAUUAGGAAUCCUUGAGGGCUUUUUGUUCUUGUUUUUUUAAUUUAACCCCCACCCCAAGACUGCUAGGGGUCACUUUUUAAAUAGGGGAUGAUUUUCGCUUGUCCUCAAACUUGCUGCCUUGCCUGCCAGGGGAGGGACAUCGCAAAUGAAUAAAGUUCUCGCAGCACCUGUCGAAUUUAUCCCCUAAGAAACCAUCUGAUCCCUAUAAAUAAAUCAGCAUGUAUUUAUUGA